AUGAGAACAACAUUAGUGAGACAGAAGGGUAUUAGCAUUUAUUGGAAAUAUUACAGCAGUCUCUGUUGUCCUAAGGUAAAUGUAAAUGAGAUACUUCCUUCAACAAAAAUACGCUCAUUUAGCAGCUCAAACAGCAAUUACUCUGAUGAAUUCACUCAGUCCAACUAUCCUCCUCCUCCUGAUCCUAUACCGAAUAGGCCCUUAAGAGGUGAUUCCAAAAGGCCCUUAAGAGAUGAUUCCAGAAGGCCCUUAAGAGAUGAUUUCAGAAGGCCCUUAAGAGCUGAUUCCAGCAACAACCCCACCCAUUCUACAACUCUUAGAAGAUCCGGUGAGAACAAUGGAGGUCAAAUGAAGUCACAGGAUAGUGAAGAUUUUCUGAAAAGAUUUCAGCUUGGAUUUGAUCGUAAAGAGGAAAACCCAAACACGAACCCUGCACUCCACCCCAAAGGUGAAAGUAGCGACUCUCCUGUUUCGGAGGCACCUCCAGCUCCACCAGAAGAUGCUGAUGAGAUAUUCAAGAAAAUGAAAGAAACUGGCCUAAUACCAAAUGCUGUAGCAAUGCUUGAUGGGCUUUGCAAGGACGGCUUGGUACAGGAAGCGAUGAAGCUCUUUGGCCUGAUGCGUGAAAAGGGUACAAUACCUGAAGUUGUUAUCUACACUGCCGUGGUAGAUGGCUUUUUUAAAGCCCAAAAAUUUGAUGAUGCUGUGAGGAUUUUCCGUAAAAUGCAAGGUAAUGGCAUCAUUCCUAAUGCUUUUAGUUACGGUAUCUUAAUCCGCGGGCUCAGUCAGGGCAAGAGAUUAGAUGAUGCCCUUGAGUUUUGCUUAGAAAUGUUGGAAGCUGGACAUUCCCCCAACGUGGUGACGUUUGUGACUUUGGUUGAUGGAUUUUGCAAGGAGAAAAGUCUUGAAGAUGCCCAAAACAUGAUUAAAACGGUGAGGCAAAAAGGCUUCAUCGUUGACGAUAAGGCAGUUCGGGAAUAUUUGGACAAGAAAGGGCCAUUUUUGCCAGUGGUUUGGGAGGCAAUCCUUGGGAAGAAAGCUUCACAGAGGCAAUCUAUUUUCUAAGUUGUUUUUUUUCGUCUGAAAUAUUCUAUAGUUUUAUCGACAUAUGGACAAACUGUAUGAGUAUUAUCAUGUUAUUCAAAUUUCUAUAGCUCUUUA